AAGGAAGUUCGUCGUUACUAGUGUCGUCGUAAAUACAUUGAACGUGUGAAUUCAAUUUCAGGUGCAUAUGAAAUUUGCUGAGUUACUGUUUUGACAAAUUGAAUUGAAAAAUAAUAUUAACAUGUGUAUUUUGGUAAAAUCUCAGGGCAAUGAUACGUGUAAAUCUACAUUUGAAGUACUAAGAAUGAUUUUGAUGGAUAUUUUGAAAUGGCUAAUCAUUCAAAUGCAUAUGAUAUCGGACUUUCUGGUGGACUUAUUUUUUGGAUUCUACUAUUGGAAUAAAUCAAAAAAACUGCCACCAAUAAAGAAUAAUUUACUGUUGAUGAGUGCAUCAGAAUUAGCUGAUAAUAUCAGGACGAAGAAAGUAUCAUCAUUAGAGGUUGUCACAGCAUUUAUAGAAAGAGCAAAAGAGGUAAAUAGCAUAAUAAAUGCUGUUGUAGAAGACAGUUAUUCUGAAGCUUUAAAAAAAGCCAAAGCAGUAGAUGAACUUCUGCAGACAGUACAAAAUAUGAAUGUAAUAAAGGAAAAGAAACCUUUCCUAGGUGUUCCUUUUACAACAAAAGAAAGUAUUGAAGCCAAAGGUAUGCUUCAUACAAUGGGUUUAACAACCAGACGUGAUUAUCGUUCUGAAGAAAGUGCAACAGUAGUGGACUUGGUAAAACAAGCCGGCGGAAUUUUGAUAGCUAAAACGAAUAUUCCCGAGUUAAAUUUGUGGGUUGAGUCCAGGAACAAUGUAUAUGGACAAACUUGUAAUCCAUAUGAUACUACUAGGAAUGUUGGUGGGAGCAGUGGUGGAGAGGGAGCAAUUAUUGCUGCUUGUGGAUCUGCAAUCUCUAUUGGCAGUGAUAUUGGUGGUUCUACUAGAAUGCCCGCAUUCUUUAAUGGAGUCUUUGGACACAAACCAACUGAAGGUUUAACAUCUUUGAAAGGCGUUGGUCUCCGAAAAAAGGAUUAUCCUAAUUCAAUGGCAGAGUCAGGACCAAUCUGCAAAAAGGCGGAGGACUUAGUACCUUUUUUGAAAGUUUUAAUUGGUGAAAAAGUUUCUGAUUUGAAACUUGAUACAGCAGUGGAUCUAACAAGGCUAAAUAUUUUUUAUCAAGAAAGCUCAAAUGAUAUAAGAGCAAGUAAAGUAAAUUUUGCAAUGAAAACUGCUCUCGCAAAAUGUGUCAGCCAUUUUAAGGAAAUUACUGGACUCGCGACAAAAAUAAAAAUACCGGGUUCGGAAUACAGCUAUCGAUUGUGGAGGUUUUGGAUGUCUCAAGAAAAUUUUGAUUUUAAAUUACACAUAACGAAUGGAAUGUAUCGUACAAGUGCUAUUAUAGAAAUGUUAAAAUUAGUGACAGGAACAUCUGAAAUAACACUAGCUGCAAUUUUGAAAUUAAUUGAUGAAGAUAUACUGCCAAAGGAUAAUUCUGAAUGGGCAAUGAACACAACUACAAAUAUGAAAAAGUAUUUACUGGAUAAACUGGGAAAUGAUGGAGUAUUAUUUUAUCCAUCCUCACCUUUUCCAGCUGGUUACCACUACACAUCUUAUUUUAGACCUUUUAAUUUUGGUUACUGGUGUCUCUUCAAUGUUCUGAAAUUCCCUGUCUGUCAAGUACCUCUUGGUUUAGAUGAAAAUGGAAUCCCUGUUGGAGUUCAGGUUGUAGCGGCUCCAUACAAUGAUCAUCUGUGUCUGGCUGUAGCACGAGAAUUAGAGAAAGCAUUUGGUGGUUGGGUUCCACCGGCUUAAUUACUGAAAUUACAGGUUAUAUAAAUUUGUUGUUCAUGUGGAAUGCGGUUAAUGGUAUACUGUUAUUAUUAAUAACGUUUAUUAAUAUUUUUAACAUAAUGGUAAUAGGAUAAUUAUUAUUUCUAGUUUUAGAAAUAUGUUGAUUGUUCAAUUUCUUAUUGUACGUUUUGUUUGAUCAUUUUUUUAUACUACAUAUUUGAAACGGGAUCGGUCUUCACAUUUGUAAUCUAUGAAACACGAAGUUUUGUAUCUCCGUCAGUAUUUCGUCAGCGGCGACAGUCGUAGAAAAUAGAAAGUGGAAAAAAAGCAACUGAACGUCGCGGCAGUUACUAAAAUUUAUAAGCAACCUUAUCGCUUACAACAUUAAUAGAAUUGCAUUUUUAACAUUUUUUAUCAUUUUAUAAUAAAACUUUUAUUAUUGCAUUUGUAAAGUCUUCUUGAUUCAAACAGAACUAUUAACUUAAAAUUAUAGUCCCGAGUCAAAAAAAGUCAAACUAGAACCAUGAAUUUAUUAAAUAUACAGAUGACAUUAAUUAAGUAUGCUAUUUUGUCGGUUCUGCGGCACAGUAACUCGUGCAGUAUAUAAACAAAAGUUUGCAGUUCACCUUAUACGAGUCACUGCUCAACAGUUCGUCGCGUUCAGUCGUGUUUUUUUAGGGGAGCCCAGAUUUAAAGGUUAGUAAAUAUAAUUUAUCGCAUUGCAACGUAGGUAAAGCUUUUUGUUUAUUAUUUUUUUAAUCUGCUUUUUGUGCUUGCAACUUUGCUUUUGCGGAAAGAUUGAAAUGAUUGAGACAUCAAUUUGUGCAAACGUGGUCUUCCGCCAGAAUUGAGGCAAUCGAAAUGCAAUACGAAUGAUUGCACAUCACCAUGUUUUAUCGAACGCACGAAUCGUAGAAAAUUUGGUUGCUUUCUUCUUUUUUUUUACGAUGUUUAUCACCCUAAACAUAGUUCUACAUCAUAAUUAUUAGUGGACGUCGAUUAAUUUGGCGACAUUAAUACCUUCGUUAUACAUUAAAGAUAAUAGUAACACAUCGAUUGUAACAACAUGUAAUGAAACUGAUCAAACUAAUUCAAUAAAUGCCGGUGUGUAUAUAUACACGUAUGUAGUUAAGGAUUUCCGUUAAAAAAUGAGAAUGUGAUCUGCCUGAGAUGAUUUGUUUUACGAAAUAACGUCCAUGUACUGGAUGUCCCUUGAAGGUCGCCAUAGUAGGUCAUCAGAGGGACUUUAGUGGACAAGUUCCGUACUUAUAAAAGAUGUGGGAAACCCCACACUUCCUCUGGCCUUCCCCCAAAGACUAGGGAAGUCUUUCGAAGAUUUCCCCCCACAAAAGAAAAAAGAAUUCUAACAUUUAGGCAGUUUUUUCGCAUUGUAUUUGACUGUGAAUUGUUAAAACGAUUGAUACAGAGGUAGGAAACGAAUGAAAUAAUUUUCAAAUUGGAGCAAAACAAUGUAUAUCUUGAAACAAUGAGUAUUUAUAAAUAAUAAAUUGAAAAUUCAAUUGCAAUGCGUUGUUUUAAGUUUUCGUGGUUAAUUUACAUAAAUAAAUAGUACAUAUGUUCAA